AUGAGCUUGACAAUCGACCAAACCAACAUGAUGAACCAACCCGAUGACGACGCCUCCGAUAGCGGAGAGUCUACGGGUGCCCCCGAAGCUCCCUCCACCACCGCCGAAGCCCCUAACCGAUACGAAAAGUUGGAGCGCCUCAAGCGUGAGAAGCGCCUGGCCAUGAACCGCGAAUGUGCUCGUGCCCGUCGCCGCCGCAAGAAGGUCCGCAUGGAGCUCCUCGAGAGCCGCGUCCAAGAGUUGACCCAGAAGAAUGGCAAGAUUGCCGAAGCCAACGAUGCCUUGCGCAUGCGUGUUGCACAGCUCGAAGCGGAACUGGGAGCUGCCGCGUCGGGAAUGGCAAUGGGCAUGUCCGCCGGUGGCCCCGACGCAGCUCAGUUCCUGGGAGGUAACCGAAUGCCUGGAUUUGCUUCUCCCGAUGCUAGCCAGGCGCUGCUUGCUGAGCAGCUCAACCUGCAACGACGAGCCGCCUUGGUCGGUCUUGGCGGUGCCGAAACUGGGUUGGGAUUGGGGGGCGCAGCUGCGGCACUCAACUGCGGUAAUAGAGGAGGCAAUGUUCCAUCGUCAGGACCAAUGGGCAAUGGCAACAUGGACGCAUUGCGCUACAUGCAGAUCAUGAAGGCAAGGAGCGCCAUGAGAGAACCUUCCGCUGGUAAUGGUAUGCAUGGCCAGAAUGCUGCCGCCUUGCUGGGUGGUCAAUUCGGAGGAGGACCAGCCGCCAGAGGAAUGCACGGAGCUGACUUCUAA